AUGUACCAGCUGAACGCUGUGCCCGGGCGCACCUUCGCCGCACUGCGGCUCGAUCAGGGUGUGGCUGAAUUGGAUGAUUUUGAAAAUGAAGGUAUUUCGCUGACUUCUUCCUCCAAAAGUGCUCUUUCGGGUGGUGGUGAGAGUCCUCUUUUCAGGAUACUGACGGAUCUGUUCGCACCUCUUCCUCUGCUUCAGAGGUGGAAGGUUGCACAAGUGAUUGGUGAACGUUGGAAAGUACCGAUGCCCUCGAAGAAACGAACUGAUAAAGCUGAGAUGUGUCAAGAGGUUGUUGGAGUUUUGGCAGCGAAGCUCGGUAAUGUGAUCGCCCGUAAGUCUGGGUUGUCCAAUGCUGGCCGGGAUGGUGGUAUUGAAUCUUUAACCCAUUAUUUACACUCGGGAAGGGGUUCUGAUCACCCUAGAGUGUCUGUUCGCAUGUCUUCUGUACUAAGUGCGGAGAGGCCAAGCGGUGUGUAUGAUUAUAUGGUAUCUGGAGGAAGUUCCUUUAAAGAGAGCACAACUGUCGAGGUGUUUGCUCCACCGGGUUUGUUGAAGAAGUAA